UCCCCACCGGACAUGGCUAUGGAAGCAAAACCAAAGUCUUUCUUACUGCCCAUAUUCAUCUCUCUUUUUCUCAUCCUCUCCCUUUCAGCACCAACCAUCAUCUUCCCUUACAAAUCUCCCUCACUUGCGGCCUGCGCCGGCGAACCCUCUGCUUCCCCAACCCCCAUUGACCCAAAACAGCUCAGAGCUCUCCAAUCACUCAACAUUCCCAUCUCCAAUGAGUAUGACCCAUGCUCCAAUUCCUCCUCCUCUUGCGACGCCGCCUCUCCCUUCCGCCAUUUACUCUCCCUCCGCCUUGCAGACUGCUCUGAUGACGUCCAAAUUUCAAACACUGCUCUCAAAUCUCUUUCCUCUCUAAUCAAUUUCCACCUUUUCAACUGCCCCGUAGCUCCCGUUCAAUUUCCUACCCAACUCGCUCUCAACCUCCGUUCCUUCACAUGCAUCAACAGUUUCCGGCGACUCACCGGCGUUUGGUUAAGUCGACUACAUAAUGUCACCGAUUUAACCGUCUCCGGCGUCUAUGUCAAUUCCAGCGGACCGUCGAUCAUCCUCGCAAACAUGAAACAGAUCCAAUCUCUGACGAUUUCUCAAGCAAAUCUAUCUGGGUUUCUCCCCAAACAAUGGCAUUUCAACAUUACCCAUAUUGAUUUUUCUGGCAAUAAGCUUAGAGGUAAAAUACCCAUUUCGAUAACUCUUUUAGAAAAUCUACAACACUUGAAUCUUUCAUCAAAUGAACUCGUUGGAGAAUUACCCGACUCUAUUGGUAACUUGAUGUCACUCAAGAACAUCUCUUUGUCUUCAAAUUAUCUCUCUGGAACGGUGCCGGAAUCAAUGGCUUCCAUUCCCACUCUUGUUCAUCUCGAUCUGGGUUCAAAUCAAUUCAACGGAACAAUCCCCAAAUUUAUUGCGGACAUGAAGGAAUUGAAGUAUCUGAAUCUAGAACAUAACAAUUUCAGAGGGAUUAUUCCGUUUAACGAAUCAUUUAUGAAGAGAUUGGAAGUGUUGAAAAUUGGGGGCAACGACAAUCUCUGUUAUGACAGGUCAACAAUGCCGGCGAAAGUGAAGAUGGCGAUCGCUCCCUGCGAUAAGCACGGGUUGCCGAUGUCGCCGCCGCCAGCGGAGAAGCGUUCUUCAUCGGCGGAUGAGAUGAGUAGCUCCGAGAAUGGUGACUACAGUGACAUUAAGAAUGAAGAUGAUCAGCCUAGGCGAAGUAAGGUUGUUUUUGGAGUAACUAUUGGGAUUACAUCCAUGGUGUUUCUCAUUGUUUUCUUGAAUCUUCUCUCAAAGUGGUGCGGUUAA